AUGGAAGAAGCCCCCGACGAAACUGCGGACCAUCAUGACCUAGCAGAUCACGCAGAAACCCUCUGCAGAGGUCUUCGCAAGCUUCGCCACGACUGUGGUCAUGAAAGCACCUCUAUAGACAUUGCGAAUGUCGCUGGGGAGCUCAUGCUUCUGGCCACUGAGCUCAGAACCCUCGAUAGGGCCGUCAAUGCUCACAAAGAGCAAUAUACCCAAGCCUUUGACGAAGAUCUCGAGGAAAUCCGCGCUCACCUGACUGGGAUCUUUGAAGAUAUAGCAGACUGCUGCAGGGAAAUGCAAAAGGCCGACGGACCAGGAAAGAGUACUGUUGGCUGGUUGCAAAAGAAGAGAUAUGUGAGCAAGCUACAAAAGCAUCUCGAGGCCAACAAAACCGCCCUUGUCGUCAUGCGGACGGUCCUUCACCACGGAAAAGUCUAUGGUACACAAAACUCAUCUGGACGUCUUGCGGAGUCUUCACCUCAUGUUAUGCAAGAGGAUCGAGCCAUACUCGAGUCCAUCUUUGCGAGCAGGAGGGCGAUUUCGGAUCUGCAUGAUCUCACGAACAGAUCCCAUGAGCAUAGUGCAUCCAGCUCGUCAACCACAACAGCAGACAUGGGACCCUCCUUCAAACCUGGUGCGCAUGGGCGUAACCUAUCGUCCGCAACUGGAGUCGAUACACCCACUGUCGAAGAUGUCCUCCCGACCAGCAAUACGGUCCGCAAAAAGAGGAGUGAUGAUCCUCUGACGAGAAGAUUCUCCCGCCGCGGAGUGCGGCUUGCAGUUCACAGCUCGAUCCUAGAUUCCAACGCCCAUCAGGUCCCAAUGUCCCUGAAGAAGAGAUGGUUUCACCAAGGCCGUGCGAGAAGCAGUGGUGACGGCGAUUUUGUGCAAGAUCGUUCGAUUGCGCAGCUGAGUCGGAUAUCCGAGGUGAACUCAAACUUUGUUACUGAAAUCAUUUCAGAGGAACCGAAUCUUCAACGAAGUACAAGCACACCGGAGGAUCCCAGCCGCCGAAACUCGGAGGAGCAUUAUGCGUCAAAGAAGGAAGUCCAUGGCGAACCCUCGAAAGCCAAAAAGCGAAGCCUCACUCUUAUGGAAUCGCCUUUCGGCAAAUCGUUGGGCAGGGCAAUUACACGACUAUCCAACAUCACGCUCAGUAGCGACCGAAAAGACGAAAAUGCAAAGAUCGAGGCUGGAGAAGGCAAGAAUGAAGCCAUGGAAAAGCAUGAUGAAGACAAAAGUGGCUGGUCGUACCGUCUUUCGAAGCCGUUCGUCGAGCCCGAGCUAACCACACCUGACUUCAACAAAGAUGUCGAAAACAUGGCUCUACGUUAG